ACUAAAAACAUCAUGGGCCUCGAACUGUCCGUCUCGGAAAGGGCUCUCAGCCAUGGGAAGCCCAACGAGAACUCGGGCCUAAUCCGCUCACGCACCUUUCUCCGUCUUCACGAACGAAUCACGAUCACGGGUGCCACAACUCCCUGCCGAUCCAGUCCCCCGGCAAAUUCCCAACCGCCGCACAGCAACACCAGCGGUCGGAUCGGGGGAGAAACGGAAGGGCAACAGCAGAGCGCGAAUUCCUCAGACAAAUCCAAGGUUUCGAGCACAGACACAGGCGAAACUCGAUGGCGGAGGGGUCCAAGCCGGACGUGCCGCUGUUCCAGCUCCUCAGCGAUCUUCUCCAGCAGGUGGAGUCAAUGAGCAAUCAGGAAGAAGUAGAGCUGCGCGCUAAGAUUGAAGCAUUAGGAUUAGAAGUCACUAAGGUACCAGAGCAGCCCGCUAAUCAUCUCAGCGAGCUAGAAAUAGCUGCAGAGUUGGACAAGCUGUCAUCGCGGCUUGAUAACGUCGACAAGAUGAUAUCAUCUGCCAUGGCCUCAGAUCCAGAGGUGAAGUCUCUUCUGAGCAGCACAUCUGAUAUCUGGAUGCCGGUCAUAACAGCGUCUGCCAAUGAGAGGCGGGGGUUUGUUGGGACGAGCAGCGAAGGCAGCCAGGAAGAGCAGGAGAAUUCCAAGCAAUAGCUGGUAUAUGGGCUGUUAAUAGUUUCGUUUUGUGGGUCUGUACCGACCUUAUCUAUGUUCAUUCAAACUAGUGUUUCCAUGCCAAAAAGUUUGUGGCGUAAUAAACAAUAAAAACCCAUGUCCUUCAUUCGGAUUAGUAAUGAGUGUGAUGAUAGAGCU